AUGUGCCACAAGGAGAAAAAGAAGCAGGAUGAUUUUGGGAUUUUUGAAGCCUCACUCGUCCUCUUCUCCCUAGGAACACUGUUUAUCGACAUUGAUGCUAUCUUGGUCUACAAGUACAUCUUUGACUAUGGCUUCAUCACAUGGGGAUGGUUGACCCUGGGUUUGGCACUGGUUCCAUCCAUUGUGGUUCAUUUCUUCAGCCUGCGUUGGUACAUCUAUGAUGGAGAAUCUUCUGCUGUCAUCUGGUUGCUGCAUUUCUCACAGCUGGGUAUUUUACACAGGUACCUGGUGGUGUUGAAGACUGGUUUUGAAGCUGCAGUGAUGAAUCACAGAGACACCUUUCAACGAUUAUAUCAACAACAAAGAGAUAUAUCUAUGCUACGUCUGUUUGAGUCCUUCAUGGAAUCAGCUCCACAGCUUCUUCUCCAGGGGUACAUCAUUAUUGUGGCAGAUGAUUGGCAUGCAUGGACAGGUGCAUGCAGCAUGUUGGUGUACUACAGAUACUUUCACCCCAGUGGACCCAUACAAGUUGAAUUCUGUUGUUGGAGAGUAAAAGCAACACCACAAAAACCUCAACAUAACCUUCAGCCAUCUGGACUGAAGUUCUGGAGCCCUCCAAUUAGCAGGGGAGAUACAUUGAGGCCAUAUGACUUCAAAGGAUCCUACAUCCCAACUACUAGAUAUCAAGAAGAGAGUGAACCAGACGGAAAAGUGAUUCACAUUCCCCAUGCAACCAGCUUUCCAAAUUUGGAGUGUCAUCAAGGAUCAAAGGCAUCAAUACAACAUGCUACCAUGUACCCUGGGAUCCAAUGUGCAAGUAUUUAUGGUUCAUCCCUGCCGAAUAUCCAUAACUCCACUCCUCAUUCUUCAUCUCAUUUUAUGGGUUCCAUGGUACCAUGCUGGUCAGAGGUCAUUCUGUCCUCUAUCCCAAUUUGUUCUCAACCACUCAGGAAAUCUCAGACCUAUGCAGGUUUCGAGGAGCAGCUAUCAGACUUCCUUCCUAACCAUGAAUUUGAGACCAGUGUUGAUGAAUCCAAAUGCAAUUACUUCCUCAGUGGAGAAGAGCCUUCUCUAGAUACAUCCCACACAUUUGAAAAAAUUUCACAGAAAACCAUGUCCCUAACUUGUGAAGAAAUGAAAAAUGAACACAAUUAUGCACUUAUUGACAGGACAGACCAAAGCAACAUCUCAAAAACUGGGAAGGUUUCUCAAUUGAUUCAGCAAUUUGAAACAAGUGUCUCUUUCCUGUGACAGCCUAAAAAGAUGUUGAUUUCACGGGUUUUCUUACCAUGGCUCAUUGAUCUUCAGAAAACAUGUGUGGGACCUUGGAUAUGUGAGC